CAGGAUGCUGCCUAGGUUUCUCUCCCCUUUGCACGCGGCAGAGGCGGGCACAGCGACCUUCUGCUCCUCCCAUCCCCCCUCAUUUCUUUCUUGCCCCGCUCCUGGGUCCUGCGAUUUGUGCCUCCAUACUAGGGCACCUCUCCAAGUGACACGCCCAGCUGGGGCACUCACCAACUGUGCCUCCCGACUCCACUACCCAGCCCCAGACGUUUGAGCAGCGGGCGGGGGGGGGGCAUCACUUCUCCAGCUCCCCCAGUCUUUAGCGGCCACAGCUGGAGCUGAGCUGCUCUCAGAUUCCAGCCGCUGGCCAACGGAGGACAAGGAGAGGCGGGGAAGGGGCUGGCACGUGCGUCCAAGGAGCGGGAUCGUUUUUCACCCCUCCCUUGCCUUCCCUUUCCUUCCCUCCCCUUCUGCAAUCGCCUCUUCUCCCCAGCGUUCCUGUCCCCUCCUCUUCUCUGGCCUCCCUACCAGUCCCCUCCCCUUGCUCUCUGAAGAGUUCCCGCUGCACCUUGCCAGGGAGUUUGGACGGAGCGUGCUCGCUCACUCAGGGAUGCUCCUAGCCAGACCCAGCCAAGAGUUCCAGGCUCUGUGAACUCUCUAAGGGACACUGCUGCCGCUGAGGCUGCCCUUGGCCUUGCCUUUGACCUGACUGGACGCUGAGCUCCCUUGGAUCCCAGAGUAAUUUUUCCAGUCCCACACCUUAGAGCAAGAUGGUUGUUCAAAAAUUCUUUGUGGCAUUGCUCCAAUGGGAUUUCAUCCAAAUGAUAAUUGCAUAUGAUGUGGCAUAUCAAAUCCCCCCAUGGAAUUUCAUGCUUUCCUGUUUGCCAUCAAACAAGAUUGCUGACUUCCAUUGGCCUUCUGGAUUCUCCAAGAACAGUUCUCUCUUCAGUGGAGAUGAUCAGGCUGCUGACACUAUCUUUAAUUCACGUGAUUCACACCCUUCAGAAUUUGCAUCCAAAGAAAGGUUCUACUGUUGCCUUUGGAGUGAACAUGAUAAAAAUUCUUCCAUGUGUGUGAACAGUACAGAAAGGAAGACAUUUGUUUCUCCCUCAGCACUCUCCCAAUCUUUUCAAGAAAAAGGUGUGAGCUGGAGCAUCAAAUGUUGGGUCAGAGGGGACUUAAAGAUACUCAUCUGUAAUUUUGAAUCACUGUUUAAGAAUUACUCCAAGACAUCAAAUUUUCAGGCUCAUCUUUCAUAUGUUCUGUUGGAAACGUCACAGGAAGCCUCACCCAUGGUGUCCCAGAAGGGUAAUUUUCAGGUUGUUCAGUGCAAUUGUAGUAGGUCCGAAGACUGUGAAUGCCAUGUACCCCUGCCCAUGGCCAAACUCAGCUUUACCUCCUUGAUAUUUUUGGAAAUCACAAAUGGCACCAUAUUUCUCCAGUCACCCACGAUGUCUAUGAAGCCUAUAAAUAUUGUGAAGCCAGACCCACCGUUACAUUUGCUAAUGGAAAUAACAGAUGAUGGAAAAUUAAAGAUCUCUUGGUCCACCCCACUAUUGGCACCAUAUCAACUUCAAUAUGAACUGAAAUACUCUGUAAAGUCAACUGAAACCAUGGGGCAGCAGAUUGCUGCUAUUGUAGUAGAUACCUCCCUACUUGUGGACAACGUGCUUCCUGGUUCUUCAUAUACAGUUCAGGUACGGGGUAAGAGGCUGGAUGGCCCAGGAGCCUGGAGUGAUUGGAGCACUCCUUCCAACUUCACUGCCCCAGAGGUCAUAUAUUUUCCACCGAAAAUUCUGACAAGUGUUGGGUCUAAUGUGUCCUUUUACUGCAUCUACAAGCAUCAAAACAAGAUCAUCCCUUCCAAGAAUGUCUUUUGGUGGUUGAAUUUAGCAGAGAAAAUCUCCCCAAGUCACUAUGAUGUUAUAAAUGCCCAUGUGAGCAGGGUCACCCUUCUCAAUAUGAAUGCAACUAAACCCAGAGGAAAAUAUACCUAUGAUGCUGUGUAUUGCUGUCAGGAGAAUGAGUGCCAUCACCGCUAUGCAGAAUUAUAUGUAAUAGAUGUCAAUAUCAAUAUCUCAUGUGAAACUGAUGGGUACUUAACUAAAAUGACUUGCAGAUGGCCAGCCAACACAGUUGCAUCACUCGUGGGAAGUAUGUUGCAGUUAAGAUAUUUCAGGAGCAGCCUAUAUUGUUCUGACUUUCCAACUACACAUCAUUCCUCGGACCCCAAAGACUGUCAUUUACAAAAGGAUGGCUUUUACGAAUGCACCUUUCAGCCCAUCUUUCUUCUAUCUGGGUACACCAUGUGGAUACAGAUCAUCCACUCUUUGGGGUCACUUCAGUCUCCCCCAACGUGCAUUGUUCCAGAUUCUGUAGUGAAACCACUGCCUCCUUCCAGAGUGAAUGCGGAAAUCAUGGACACAACCGGCUUGUUGAGUGUGAGCUGGAGAAAGCCUGUCUUACCGGAGAAUAAGCUUCAAUUUCAAGUUCGUUACGCUGUGAAUGGACGUGGAGAACGAUGGAAGGUACAUCAAGUUUAUGGUUCUGAAUCCAAAUCUGCCAGCUUCCAGGUGCUGGAUCUUUGCACAGUUUACAUCGUUCAGGUCCGCUGUAAGAGGCUUGAUGGCCUGGGAUACUGGAGUAAUUGGAGCAAUCCAGCCUACACGGUUGUCAUGGAUAUAAAAGCUCCCAUCAGAGGACCUGAAUUUUGGGGAGUCAUUAAUGAAGAUCCGAUGGAGAAAGAGAGAAAUAUUACUUUAUUUUGGAAGCCUUUGGAGAAAAACCACUCACUGUGCAGUGUGAGAAGAUACAUGGUGAACCAUUACACUGUUAACAACAGGAGUUGGUCAGAAGACAUAGAAAAUGAUACGAAAGUCACUUUUCCAUGGACUGAACCGGCACAUACAGUCACUGUUGUGGCUGUAAACUCGAUUGGCCCUUCUCUGAUGAAUUUUAAUUUAACUUUCUCAUGGCAGAUGAGCACAGUAAACAGUAUACAGUCCCUCAGUGCUCAUGUAGUAAAUAGCAGCUGUGUGGUUCUUUCCUGGAUGGUAAUACCUACAGAAUAUACUCUGACGUAUUUUGUUAUUGAAUGGAAAAACCUCGAUGAGGAGAAUGGAAUUAAGUGGAUUAGAGUAUCUUCGAAUGUUAAGAAAUAUUAUAUCCAUGACCAUUUCAUCCCAAUUGAGAAAUACCAGUUCAGCCUUUACCCAGUGUUUCUAGAAGGAGUGGGGAAGCCUAUGAUGACCAAUACAUUCACCAGAGAAGACACCAUGAAGCAGGAGAAUGAUCCAGGUCUCUACGUAAUCAUCCCCAUAAUUAUUUUCUCUUCAGUCUUAUUGCUUGGAACCUUGUUAAUAUCACAUCAAAGAAUGAAGAAGCUAUUUUGGGAAGAUGUUCCAAAUCCUAAGAAUUGUUCCUGGGCACAAGGAGUAAAUUUUCACAAGCCUGAAACUUUUGAACACCUUUUUAUCAAGUGCACACGAGCAGUCGCAUUUGGUCCUUUUCUUCUGGAGCCUGAGCCAGUUUCAGAAGAUCUCACUGUGGAACGAGCAAGGAAAAGUGGAGAAGAGAACAUGCUCCCAGCUCUUGAACUCUCUUUUUGUGACCCAGAGCCUGAGGAGGAUUCUGCUUGUCCUGGUGACCACAUCACCAGCACAGAUCUCUCCCAGAGUAGUGGCCAUGGGACAGUCUGUGAGCAGAGCAAACAAUCCGUGAAAUAUGCUAUACUUAUGAAUAACUCUAAGUUGAGCACACUAGAUAACCAGCAAAAGAGUCUAAACAGCUCCUUCAGCAGAUGUUUAUCGAUCAAAAAUUCCUUGUUAAAAGGGCCUUUCUCCAGUAGUUCGUGGGAGAUAGAGACCCAGGCCAUUUUGAUAUUAUCAGAUCAACAUCCAAGCACAAGACCUUCCCAUUUCCCAUUCUCACAUGGUUUUUCUGAACUCUCAAAUCAAGACAAAAACUUCCCUGAAGAGAACAGUGCCCAGAGGCCUGUUUAUUACUUAGGGAUCACUUCAACAACCAAGAAAGAAAAGGCCAUUUUUUUGACUGAAACCUCAGGAGUGAUGUGUCCUCUCCCUGCCCACAGCUUAUUCACAGAUGUAGGAGCGCUUCAGGACAGUUGUUCAGGCCUGAAUUCCUUUGUGGAAACAAACCUCAACUUGGGGACUUCUGUUAGUAAGACGUUUGUUUCUUACAUGCCACAAUUUCAGACUUGUUCGGCCAAAAUGCAGAAGAUAACAGAAAACAUGAUGUGUGACCUAACCGUGUAACAUCGUUAUCCUUGACCCUACACUGCUUGCUGCUAUAAUGGUUUAUCUGAGAAUAUUGGCUUCACAUGAUCAGUGACCUCAUCAUUGUGGAGAUAACAUUUACCUUUGUGGAGCCCAACCCAUGCCACUCUGUCAUCUCUGGGAUUGUUGCCAAUGUCCCUCUAUGCCUUCUCCCUAGAGGAUCUCCUCAACAUGCUAGAGGCAUCCUCUAGAUCUCUUUAUAUUCUGUGGCCACCAGUGCAGCCCUCUUCCCUUGCUCUCAGUACAUGAUUGCUUCCCCUCAUGUUCUAAAUAUGCAUUUCCUGCAUGAAUUCUUCUAUGUGCCUUCUGCAUGCAGAUGCAUUCUGCAGCGUACUCACCUCCGUACCCUUCAUUGCUUUUCGGGUCAUCUACAACUUUGACGCUUUGGAGAUUGUAGAAUUCCCAGAUUUGAAGACAAAAAUGCAGUCAGUCCCAAGUUCUUUUGAGAAGAAAAAGAAAGAAGAACUCAAAAUUUUCUUCACUUGAAAAUAUUUCCCCGCUAAAUGAAAUGUCUGAAAUUGAAGAUACUAAAUAAGAAGUACAGUAGAGUUGAAAGAGAACUUUGGAAUCAGAGGACCUGGGUUCAAAUUCUGCCUAUGAUCCUAACAAUCUGUGGGGUCUUGGGCAAGUCAUUUAACAUCCUUGGUCUUCAGUUUCCUCAUCCAUAAAUGGGGUUUGGCCAGAUUGGUUCUGAGUUCCCUUACAUCUCUAAAUCUGUAAUUUUAUACAUACUUCUUACAAUGACAAGAGAAAAGAGAAAGUGUACAAAGCUAUACUGUAUUACAAGUGUUGUCAUGAUGCAAUUCAAAUAUCUCGAUGCCAGCAACCCUGUAAGCUUUUCUCCUCUUGGAAAAAGAGUGUGUGUGUGUGUGUGUGUGUGUGUGUGUGUGUGUGUGUGUGAAGUGUUCACUACCAGCUCCAUUUCUAUUCACGCUUCUGAAAGAAGGCAUUGGCUGGGCAGAUACACUUGGGAUGAAACUACCUGCAUUAGUACUUAUCAAGUUCUGUACUUGCAAUUCUCUUUGUGAGUUUAUAAUAAUGUGUGACAUGCUUAUAUGCAGCAUUACCAAGGAGUGUGUGACAUUGGGAACCAAAUCGAGCCUAUAAUACAGUAGAUUGUUUUCACUUACUAGAAUGACAGUACCUGAAAAUGCUUUUUGAUAGUUCCACAUUUUUUUCCAUAUUUGAGACCUUCCUUUUCCUACCUAGGGAAGCAAACACUGGCUUUAGAGUGUGAGGAUGUAGAUUUUCCAAAUCUUGCUUCUAAUGCUUGUUACCUGUGCAACCACAGACAAGCCACUUAACCCCUUGGCCCUCAGUUUUGUUCUGAUGUAGAAUGAGAGAAUGAGAGACCUCUGGAGGCCCUUCUGGCUCUUGAUCUUAUGAUCUUUGCUCUUAUGCGCCCACCUACAGAAUGCAGGAGCACGGGAAUCAACGCAUCACUGUUUCUAGCUUGCUGCUUUGAAUUGUGUUCUGUUUCAUAGAGUUGCAGACAUUGCUUGAGUACUGAGCACAGCAGACUUAGGUUUGAGUUGCACCUGCAUCACUUAUUCAUUACGAAAACUUGAGCAAGUCACUUAAAUUUUUUCAUCUUCAGCAUGAAUGUUGUGUGAUGGAGAGAGCAUGGAUGGGAGUCAGGAGUCUGUGUACUGAACUUAGUUCAAUUGUUGACUCCCUAUAUAUCUCUAGACAAGUCUGCAGAAUGUGGUAAUUGAAGUGCAUGAUCUCCAAUGGCUUUUCCAUCUCCCAGGAGGAUCCCUUAUAUUCUAAUAAAAAUUAAUUAGGUCAGAGGAUUUCAAGCUGUGGGGUAUAGACACUUGAGAAAUCAUCCAUGGCUAGUUACCAUAUUUUAAAGAAGAGGAAGCUGAGGCCCAGAAAGUUGAAGUGAUCUGUCUAAGGCCACACAGCUCAUAAAUAGUCUAGCCUUACUUUCCACCAUCAGAAAAUGCUUCUUGAUUGUCCAUUUGAGUGUAGAACUGUACCAGAGCCCUCAUGAAAAAUCAUUUCAUGGGCAUGGUUCUAGGACUUGUAUUAAUUGAUGAUAUAAAGAAAAAUCUGAAGUCUGUGACAUGGCAUUUGAAGUUAAGAAACAAACCUACCCAUGGCUCGUCUGAAGAAAGCUGCUGAUUGAUUUCUAAGACCCUCCAAAUCAGAAGCCUUUAGGCUCCUCUGAAAUCUUUUCACCUGCAUCUAACCCCUACCACAAUUUCUUUCUUGUCUCUAAGAGGAAGAGAAUUCUGGAUUUGGAUGUGGUCUUGUACAAUAAGCAACCAAGCCAGGGCCUUGCACAAUUUUGCACCAUUUCCUAGGAAUGCUUAGGUAGAAAUAAUUGCACAGCGCCUGGAGCUCAGCGACUACCCUCACAGUCAUAAUAGUUAAUCCGUCAGUCAAAUAACAAACAUUUAUUGAGUGUGUACUACGUGCCAGGCAUUUGAUGCUCGGAUACAUGACAGGUGAAGGGGAAAGACUUCUGGAUCUGGAGUCAGUGGACCUUGGCUUGAAUCUCGGCUUUGCUAACAAUUGCCUUGUGGACUUGGGCAAGUUAUUUUCCCUCCGUGGUCCUUAGUUUACACAACUGUAAAAUUUGGGGGUUAGACAAGGUGAUGUCUUGAGCUCCUUUUUACCCUUAAAUCUCUGAUCUGCAGGAUUGUUUAUCAUUAUAGCAAUUGUUGGGAACAUGGAUGAGGAUUUCCCAGACUUGUUUGACUAUUAUCACUAUCUACAAGGAUUUCUUUCUAAACAUGGCCACAUUAAUCCACGGGCAACACAAAAUUCAUCUGUUGUUCAGGGUGUGGUGGUUUUAAAGCACUGAAUACAGGAAGAGACAUCAAAGAAGAUUUUGUGCUACCAUUUUUUUUCUUUCCUGUGACAAGCAAAAAGGCAUGUAUCCCUUGUAUGAGAGGUUCCAUUAAUUGAUGAUCAUUCUAUUCAAAGUACAUGUUCAGAAUAGAGGCAUAUAGUCAAGAAU